AUGACAAAUUCGCGGCGCGUCGUUCGUUCGGAGGCGGCGGUACGGACCUCUGCAUCUGGCAUCCGCCCGCGGCCCCGCAGGAGGAUGCCGAGUCGUCCUCUCGCCCCCGCCCCGCAGUUAAUACCGAACGGCUCUCGGGCCGGUCUCGAUCCCGGGACCAAACGCAACCAUCCAAAGCGAGCGGCCGCCAGGUCGCCGCCUCCCGUAUUUUCGACAUUGCAUGCCUCGGUUCCAGUGCCCGCGGCGUCGCCGUACACACUACGAAGCAGCCUUGACCCGGUCAUGGGCAUCGUGCAGGAGAUGCAGCCUGUUACAGUAUUUGACUGCCAGAGUGCCGCCCACGGCGCGAAUACCGCUGUGGUGUCGUACCUGUUUGCAGCCCUUCUGAGCUGUACUGAUUUGCAGCCACCGAGCUGUAGCACAACCUCGGCCGGACCUGAGCACGGUAUUAGGGGCUCGGUCCGGUCAUCGACGCUUGUGUUACGCGGCAAAAAGAGGUCGAGGAGGUGGCUGGUGUCGUCGUGGGCCUAG